AUGUCGUACUCUGCGGGGCGGCCGACGCUGCGCGUCCUGCGGCUGGGUUUGCUGUCCUACCCCCAUGCCAUACAGGCCCAGGCCCGGAGCGCCCGUCUGUGCGCGGAGCUGGAGGAGGACAGGCUGCUACUGCUGGAGCACAGGCCGGUGUACACGGUGGGGAUCCGGCAGAGCCGGUACUCGGAGGCGGAGGAGGUCAGGCUCCGAGCCCUGGGAGCGGACUUCCAGCGUACAGACCGCGGGGGACUCAUCACCUUCCACGGCCCCGGACAGUUGGUGUGCUACCCGGUCCUCAGCCUCCGCCGCCUGCGCCGUGGCCUUCGCAGAUACGUGUGCGGCCUAGAGGGGGCGGCCAUAGGCCUGUGCCGGGGGCUGGGCGUGACCGGAGAGCGAGCCGAGGAGACCGGAGUGUGGGUGGGAGAGAGGAAGAUCUGCGCCAUAGGUCUCCUCUCUCCUGCAGGCGUCCAUUGCUCUCACCAUAUCACCUCCCACGGAUUAGCCCUGAACUGCAACACCGACCUGUCCUGGUUCCAGCACAUCGUGCCGUGCGGAAUCGAGGGGAAGGGGGUCACCUCGCUGAGCGCCGAGCUGGGAAGAGACGUCAGCGUGGAAGAGGCCAUCCCGCCAUUCCUGGAGGCCUUCAAGGAGGAGUUCAACUGCACUUUAGAGUUCAGCGACAGGAAAGAGACUGAGGAGCUACUACACUGA